AUGAAGCAAGCAUUUCCCAAUUUGCGAAUACGCAUCAAAGUGAUUCCCAGAUUUUUUCGCUGGUAUGCGUGCCAUGGCCUCGUGUUCGUAGGCCUCCUCGGGGGCUCAACCGUGGCUACCGCGAAAAGACGAGCCGAUACCCGCCUGAGUAUUCCUAGACAGCUGAAGCGUUCACUGAAAGACCUAAGAGAGGCUGGUUCCAAACGGAGCAGGGAAAUUUUUCAAAACGUAAGUUCCGUACGUGCAGGUGGCUCUGCGUUUGAUAUGGACCAGUUUGGCCGGUCGGUAUCGACUGUACUGGGAUUCAUAGCGGGAACUCAGACACUGGGUACGAUACUGACUGCGAAUAAGAAUGCCAUCUUUGAUCAGUUGGCUGUCCGUCUAUUGGAACCAGACAGCGUCGCUGCGAUGCAUACGGUGAGAAAAAUUCUGAGCUCUGUUGACGAUCACGGGAUUGUUGACGUCUUUGCAAAGUACCGUAGUAGAGACGUGCUACUGUCGAUCUACGCAUUGAGUCGCCUCCAAGACGCCGUGGCAGAAAACGAUCGUCGACGAGAAACCUAUUCAGCGUUUCUUGACAACGAGCUGAUCACUGACUUAGCCCAUUACUCUGUUUACGCCAGUGUGGCUUAUGGUUGGAAGAUGCAUUUUGCCUUCGGAGGAGGCUUGCACCUAGGGGAUUUACAGGUGUUGCUGAAGCGGACAGGAAUUUUUCUUGCAGACUUGCUCGAACACAAAAAGGAAUCCAAGGCGCAUCGUCCCGCUUAUUUCAUCGUGAGGGAUCGAUCCAGACGCAAGUUAGUGUUGUGUAUACGAGGGACUCUGUCAGCACACGACCUUUUAACUGACCUUUGCUGUUCGCCAGAUGAGUAUGAAUUACCAAGGUCGACGUCUCGAUCGCGCAUCAAAACAUUAUCGGAUUAUUGGUGGAACGGCGGAAGCGCACAUAUAAAGAUGCGUGCUCAUCAAGGAAUGCUGCAAGCUUCUCGUUUGCUCAAGAAAGAUGCAGAGGAUCUCAUUCGCAGCCACCUUAAGGAAAAUCCCGGUUUCUCUCUGGUUCUCGUAGGGCAUUCCAUGGGUGGUGGUGUCGCAGCUUUGCUGGGCACAUUGUGGGAAGACACAUUCGAGAAUCUCCAGGUUUACGUUUUCGGCCCCCCCUGUGUUUCGUGCUUUGGCGUGGCACCUACCGGUACCCGGAACAUUGUAUCCGUGAUUUCGGAUGGUGAUCCCUUCCGAAGCUUUAGUCUCGGACACGUCGCCGACUUGUCCAUUGGCGUGGCUCUGCUGUGUGAUGAUCCUCAUCUUCGAAGGAUGAUCCUCAUGAAGACGAAUGGUCGAACAAAAGAGAUUGGAGCCCUUGACUUGCAAUGGUGCGUACAAACCAUGAAGAGAAUGCGUGGAGACAUGAAGUCAGAAAAGCUUUUUCCGCCAGGUCGACUACUGUUGCUGUCAAGCAAAGGUGGCAUGUGCAAAGUUCGAGAGGUACCUACCGAGUUUUUCGGAGAGCUUGCCAUCAAUCACAAGAUGUUUGACGUCUCAAAACACAUACCUGCGAGGUACGAGUCCAUUCUUCGAUCUAUUCUAGAGCAUCGAGGAGCUAGUCCAUCAGUAGACUAA